UGCUGUGCUCAGGUAUCAGUAGUUAUGGUACACUCGGUUGGUCUGUGAUCUAGCUAUAAGCUCUAGGUAACGUGAUAAACUUUAAUAAACACUUUUUGAAUAAUAAUUUUAUUUAAUCCGAAAUGGUAAACGACAUUGUAUUAGAGACGUGGACCAAGAAUGGAGAAAGGACUGGUCUUAUUCGCCAUAGAAACGAUGAGGACACAAAACCACUGCAUGCCUAUAGAAGUCAAAUUUUAGUUAUCUUCAUGAUAUUUUCUGUGCUGAUUAUCACGUUUUUGUUGUCAGUUAUCGAUUUCUGGAUAGACGAUGAUCAAUUCGUCCAGUCACAACACGCAAUAGUUAAAAAUAAAGAUCACCUUGCGAUGAAAAACAGAGAGUAUUUCUACCAAUGCGCACCUAUUGUCUCAUGUGAUUACAGUGACAAAUACAGAACUAGCAAUGGGACGUGUAACAAUCCAAACAAUCCAAUUUGGGGUUCAUCGAACACCCCAUUCAUCAGACUUGUCGACGCACACUACAGCGAUGGGAUCUCUAAACUACGCACAUCGUCUGAUGGGGAACCAUUGCCGAGUGCAAGAGAAAUUCAAGUGAAACUGUUUCUGAAUAAACAAAUAAGAAUCCCUGACAAAAAUAACCAAUUACUAAUGCAAUGGGGUCAAUUCGUUGCUCACGAUGUUUCUAACUUAGCAAUUGAUAUAAACGGGGAAGAUUGUUGUACAUAUAAAAAUGAACUUGGGGUUUCAAGAGCAUGUGAAGCUACCAUCAAAAUACCUAUAGACGAUCCUGUAUACUCAAAGUACAACAUAACAUGCAUGAGAUUUACUCGUGCAAUGACAUCAAAUAACUAUAGUUGCCCCUUACAGCCAUUGACAUUUAUAGACGAUGCUUCACACUUUAUUGAUGGAUCUCAAAUAUACGGUUCUAAUGAUUACGUUGUAUCAAAAUUAAGAUCGUUUACUGGUGGGACGUUAAUUUCUGUUCUUGAUAACAACCAGGAGUUUUGUCCACGAUCGUCCUUUAAUUCUUCUGAUACCAACAAAUAUUUGUACAACUCCGGAGACUCACGUGCAAACUUGAACCUUGGAAUAGCACUUUUUCACAAUAUGUUUUUGAGAUUUCACAAUUACGUAGCGUUUAAACUAAAAAUUGAGAAUUCUUUGUGGUCUGAUGAAAAGUUAUACCAAGAAUCUCGCAGAUUCGUUGGUGCAAUUAUCCAACAUAUUACAUACACACAGUUUUUGCCAAUAAUUUUAGGCAAAAAUUAUACUAAGGACGAAGUGCUUUAUGGUAACAAUAAAUAUGAUCCCACUGUGAACCCAUCAACUUCACAAGAAUUUUCAACUGGCGCAUUCCGUGUACUGCACAAUAUUAUACCAGCUCAACAUAGAUUUAUUGAUUCGAAUUACACAACUGUGCAAAUAGUCAAUGUUACAGAUUGGAUGAACUGUCCGUAUCUUUUACAACAAGGUUCGAAUUAUGAUCAGUUACUUCGAGGUUUAUUAAGUACAGAGGGACGCCUGAGUCAACCUUCGUACAAUCCUUUAAUUUCGAACUUGAUGUUUCAUUCAAACAAUUUGAUUGGCGUGGAUCUCCUAUCGUACGAUAUUCAAAGAGGGCGCGAUACUGGUCUGCCGCCGUACAAUAAAAUGAGACAAUUAUGUGGAUUGCCUGUUGCUAAAUCAUUUGACGACUUGAUCGACAUUAUACCAAUAGAUGACAUUUAUAAAUUAGAGACACUUUAUUCAUCUGUGGAUGACAUAGAUUUCAUUGUGGGGGCUUUGUUAGAGACACCAGAAAACGAUGCUUUGGUUGGAAAUACCUCACGAUGUAUUAUUAGAGAUUUUUUCUAUAGGUCAAGAGUUGGUGAUCGAUUUUUCUACGAUAACAAUGGUCAAUCCGGUCAAUUUUCCAAAAAUCAACUUGAAAUAAUCAAAUCAAUUAAUCUGGAUCAUAUUAUAUGUACUACUUCGUCUGUUGAUAACUUACAAAAAAACAUUUUCACCAAAGUAGACAAUGGAUGGUAUUCUCCAAUGAAGUGGAGUUGCAGUGAAAAAUACAUGAUAGAUUUUAAACCAUGGAAAGAACAGUAUGAUUAAAUUGUCAUUAAAACUAAACAUAAUUUCUACACCGUGUAA